CCUCGCACCAAACAACAAACACCAAUGUCGCUCAGCGCACCAUCGCAGUGGCUCGCCAACGAACUCACCCUGCUCCUCUCCGCCCCGAACCACAGCGCCGCGCCGCACGACGUCACCAACGCACAGCAGCUGCCCGACAGCGACGCCUUCAGCGCGGUGUUCAACCGCGUGUUCGUGCGCCACGCGCGCGGGCUCGUCGGCGGCCGCGAGGUCGACCGCGAAGAGCUCAAGCAGGCGCUGCGCGCGCUCCAGAAGUGGUGGAGCCCGACACAGUGCCGGUACGCCGACUGCGAAAGCCUGCACCGCAGGAUAGACGGCUUCCACGUAAGGCAUUCCUGCGUGCCCCGCGUGUCCCGUAUCGCCGCACCCGAGAUGGGCGUGAAGGUGCUGUUCACCCUGCCAGAGUCGGCCGAGGCGCAGGUCCUGACGCUUGAAGCAUGGUGCGUCUCCGCCCUGCGUUUCGAUUCGGGUGCGGGGCUGACUUUGCGGCCGCAGCGUCGCCAAGCAGCGGGGGAGUACCCCGCGUAUCAAGACGCUCAUGCUCGACGGCGAUCCGUCCUUGCUGCCAACGGAAGCAUAGUCUCGGUGCAUCGGCCUUUACGACACUGAAGGCUUUCACUUCCCAGCAGGGCUGCCAACGUGCACGCCCCCUCGUCACGAGUACCCAUCCCUCACGAUCUUCAUGACGGGCCGCCUUGUAAUUAUUUGUACACAGUUCGAGACUUUUCUGGACUCUUUGUUUGUCACGGGAUGUACAUGCUAUCUGUAGACCGCAGCACCGCUAUUACACGUCAAUAGCACAUGCACAAGACAUAACUCUCA